UGGCUUUCUGAUGUUGUCUCAUUUCCCAUUCGGGGAGAGGGCACGGCUGAGCCCUGGCUCCUGCUCCCGCUCCAGCCGAGAACGGCCCACCAUGGCCCCGGUGCUAUUCCUGCCGCUGCUGACCCUCUGGCUGGUGUGUCACGCAGACAUCACUCCAACUGUCUCCCCAGCCUCACACCCCAAGCCGUGGCUGCGGGCUCAGCCAGCAGCAGUUGUGCCCCCCGGGGUCAACGUCACCUUGAGGUGCCAGGCACCCCAGCGCGCCUGGAGGUUUGUACUCUUCAAGUCUGGAGAGAUGGCUCCUGUGCUUUCCCGGGAUGUAUCUGUGGAGCUGGCGGAGUUCUUCCUGGAGGAGGUGACCCCAGACCAGGGGGGCAGUUACCGCUGCUGCUACCAGAGGCUAGACGGGGGGCCAGGUGUCUGGUCCCACCCCAGUGAUGCCCUGGAACUGCUGGUGAUAGACGAGCUGCCGCGCCCGUCGCUGGUGGCGCUGCCCGGGCCGGUGGUGGCGCCCGGGGCCAACGUGAGCCUGCGCUGCGCCGGCCGCCUGCGGGGGAUGAACUUCGCGCUGUACCGCGAGGGCCUGGAGGGCCCCGUGCAGUUCCGCGACUCGGCGCAGCCCUGGGCCGACUUCCCGCUGCUCGGCGCGCGCGCGCCCGGCACCUACAGCUGCUACUACCACACGCCCUCCGCCCCCUACGUGCUGUCCGGGCGCAGCCAGCCGCUGCUCAUCAGCGCCGACGGCUCACGCUCCUUGGACUACACCCAGGGCAACCUCGUCCGCCUGGGGCUGGCCGGCCUGGUCCUCAUGGCUCUGGGCGCGCUGGUCGCUUUCCACUGGCGCAGCCAGAAUCCCGCCCCUGGUAACAUAUGAGCCUGAGCCUCAGAGGACAGAAAAAACUUCCCAGAGAGGAUGGAGAAGAAGCUGGAAUCCCUUGGGUUGGACCGGGCCUUCCAGGAGCCCCACAGCCCUGCCGGCUGAGCCCAGCUUCCCGAGUGAUAAUAACCUUUGCCCCAGGCCCCGGAUCCUCAUCUGGGUUAUUUCUCCAGGACCUCCCAGAUCAGUGGAAGGCACUACCAGUGGUCAGGCCUUCCUAGCCAGGAAGACCUGAGUUCGAAUCCCACUGCCGCUGCUCAUUCACCGUGGGAUAUUAGGAAAGCGACCCUUUCCCAGCCUCAGUUGCCCUGGCUGUAAAAUGGGAGCACUGAAAUACCCACUUCAUUAAGGUUGAGUGGACAAUGCACAUGAAGGGGUCUAAAACAGUGACUGGCUCACAGAGAAUGCUCAAUAAAUGUUAGGUACUGUAUGACAGCUAUUUCUAACAUAGAUUAAGAAGCAAAGUUUGUAUCUCAACCCUGGACACACAUCCAUCUUUGUAUCUAUAAACUAAA